AUGGGUGGAAUCGAAGAACACACCAGCCAGACCGUCGGCGUCACAACGCAGCCAACGGAACAGCCAGUCCCCCACACCGAGCCAGCGUCAACUGUCGAACCGGCACGCCACGUCGAGCCAGUUCAUCAUGCCGAGCCAAUUCAGCAUGUCGAGCCCGUUUCGCAACAACCUCCUGCGUACCACGAGGCCACCAACAAGAACCAAAUGGCCGCCAACUACCCGCCAGCUCAAAACGUCUACGGACAAGGCCACAUGGUCACUCCACUCGAGCGUCUAGGCGAAGAGGCCGCAUGGGUCGACUGUCCCUACUGCAAGAGAAUCACCCAAACUCGCGUCGGCCAGGAACACUCCACCAUGACUGUACUGGCGGGUUUCCUCCUCGGGUGCCUCUGCAUCUGUCUGGCCUGCCUUCCCUGCAUCAUGCAUUCUUGCGCGGAUGUGGAUCAGUACUGCUCCAACUGCAACAAGAAGCUCACGCAUAUGCCAUAUGAUAAACCCGUUCGCGUCGUCGCUGUGAGGGAGUCUGAGAUGCAGGUCAGCAAGUAUCCGGCAUCUCAGCAAGUCCCGAGCGAGCAGCCUGGUCAGGUCCACAAAUGA